AUGAUGGCACUAGGCCAUGGAUCUUCAUCAAAAAAGCAUCGCAAGUCACGUCGUGAGGGAACCUCUACUGAGGAGUCGCCGAAGCCUAUCAAAUCGCUAAUGCAAGCUUUCUGGCGUCGACACUCCUCUUCCUCCAACAACGCAGAGAAGGUGGCUACUUCGCCACGCACCCGCACACUCUCACCCAGUCAGUCGCCGUUGAGUCGCAAGACUAGCGCUCCAGCUGUGAGUUCGUUGGAGCAGGCGCUAAGAAUUGCUAGAGGCUUGGUGGAGGAUGAGGUCGGGGAGAUGGGGGAAAAAAGUGGAGAGGGGACAGUCUAUGACCUUACUAACGAACCGCUUGCCUAUCAGUCACCACCACCGGGCGGAUUUCUACCCCGAAUUCCAGAACAUGGAGAGAGCAAUUACACGGCAGCUCAGAUGGAAAGGCUGAAGGCUUCAGUAGUACGACGCCCCAAUAGUCGAUCGGAUCGCAGUUCAUUCAACUCUGCACCACCAGGAACGUACUGGCCAGAUGGGGGGACACCUCCGCAGCCGGUUAUAUCACAUCAGCCACAGCAGCAGUCUCAACCCCAACAUCAUUCGCCUGCUUUUGGUCUUGUCGAUCGAUUGCCUCGCAUUCCACCGCUAAGUCGACCCACGUCAUCAGUGUUUUUUGGUGGCGCACGAAGCCCGGUGACAAGUUUUUGUGCAUCGCCUGCUCGCACGGCCUCCCCCACCCCCUUCUUCCAACGACCGCUGCCCCCACCACCUCCCCUGGUCGAUAGACGCGGGGAUAAAAUGAGCAAGUCUUUUAACCUUGGCGGCAAUUCUGGUCCCAUGUGGCAAGCGAUUCCGCCCAAAUCACCCACUGGGGAGAUUGAGGUGAUCGAUACAGCGGUUUAUAGCAAUGUCAAGAUUCCCCUCUUGCGGUGA